AGCUAAGCGAUGUUGCCCAUGCCCUUGCCCUUCGCGGUUUAAGUAGAUUUUAGCCGCCCGCUGCCGCUCUGAGUGAAAGUGAAAAUAAGAAUUGCACACCCAAAUAAGGAAAGCGAAAGCCCUGUGGCGCACCAGGCGCAGGAACUGCAGUGAAGUAGAAAUAAUUAUCAACUUCCCUCCUUACGAGAGAGACGCUAUAGCGAAUUGACGACUUGACUCUGUGAGUGAGUGUAGCUGUAACUCCGCACAAUUAAGAGUACGACUCGACUCAAAGCCAAGACACGGUUUCCAAAUUGUGGAUUUAUUUUGGAAUUAACCGUAGAUUUAGUUUUAGAGUGCCCGCGGUCCGUCUCUCCCAGUGUGGGAAAGCUGAAAAUAUACAUGGCUGCUGGAGUUCUACUUUUCGCCGCCGCGCUCGUGUAGUGUUCAUUUUUUCAGAUGCGCACUACUUCUUGGCGAUGAUGGUACUACCAGCGGUUUCUUGAAGAAGCAGAGCUCCUGCUGCUGCGCGAAGGAGAAAAAGGACUCCUCUUUUUCCCGCCCCGACCCGCGCCUUUGCGGAGGUAUUGUUUCUACUUGCGCGCCGCCGAACCAAGUGGAAGAACAUACACGGUCGACGUGUGAAGAACUGCCACUUUUCCCAAAAUGCGGGUCGCCUCCCUCGCCAAGGGGCUGUUUGACAAGCAGCAGAGGAAACUUCAGCGGCAGAAGAAAGCCGAGACCUCCACCAUAGACGUUCUGCAGGAUGAGUUUGGGCUGGAAACGAUUGAAAUCCCGAAGGACUUCUACGACUUGUUAGGUUUGGCAACGAGGUUCACGACUGUCGCGGAAGAGGCGGAAGAGCAGUCGGAGCUUCCGCCCAUCCUGGACAGAAACAGAAAAGGCUACAUUCCCGUCCUCGCGCCAGUGCACUCGAAGGGAGGAUUAUAUUCCUAUGCGAGGUAGAUGAACUACUAAGCGUUAUAAAACAAGCUGUAUACGAUGUUUUUUAUUUUUUUUGCAAAAUCUUCUACUAUGAGACUAAAGCUGUACUGCAGGGGCAGGACGAGAAAUGACUGUAAGUUCGUUCUGCAGCAGCUGCUACGAUGAAAAUUGCACAUCAACUUUUUUUCCCUCAGGCCCUCCGCCGAAGCGAAUGGCGCCGGGAGUCAAGUCAUCCAAUCCGCGAUGUUCUGCUUCGGGCAAAGGACGAUCGUCCCGGACGUCCUCACGAUCGACGAGUUGACCGACGCGCCGACAGAAUUGUACGACCACUUAAGACAGGAACACGUGGAUUUUGCGACGUUUCUGGACCGCUACUAUUUGAAGCGAACGCACGGCUUCGAUCCUCCGAAGGACGAUUUGAUGGAGGUAUAGAAAUGUUCUUUUACAAAACCAUAACAAAAAGAGUUUCUCACGACCCCUCAUGGCCAUGGGCAAUUUUCCAAUACAAAACUGUCUGUCAUGCGUAAAAAUGGAUCACAGACACAGUCGAGUUUAAAUUUUCUACGGGAUUUCCCUAGUGUGUCUGCAAGACAAGCAAAAGCUGCGAUGCUAGAAAGAAACAUUUGUGAUGCAAAACCUGCAACUCAGUGACUGUCGUGACAAACUUUCUUCUUUCCAUAAACCAAAAGCAUCUACUACUACUUCUAGUCCUUCACACAUGACAGUCCAGUCCUUCACACAUGAGAAACGACGGUAAGUAUGAAAAAGAUCAGAAGUUCUAUCAUUCACAGCUCUCGCCCCACCCGGUCCCUGCGUCCAACGACCAGGCAGCGGAGGAGGCACUGCUGGAAGUCGACGAAGAAGAACUGAAAAAGAGGAAACUCUACCACGUCAAGCCAAACAAAACUCCGGAGGGAUUCCUCCACUUUGAAAUCUGGAAACCUGUAGCGAAGAUAAGAUUCAGGUAUAAGUACUUGGUGGAGCGGUUCUGUCACGCAAAUUGCGAUUGUGAUCGUGAUGUGGAUUUCGAUUUUGUCAUGCAAGAACGAAUGUUACAAGGAGCUAAGGACGCGGCCCUGUCUCAAAACUGCACGAUGCCUUUGCAUGGGCAUACCACAGAGAUUGAUAUCAGAUCAACUACCCCAUCAGGGCCCCCGGCGAAGUGAUAGACUACCGGAAGGAGAUCGUGUACCAGUCGAGUCACACGGUGAAAGAGGUCUAUCUCGGCUACAAGCUGGAGGUCAAAGAUUUCGAUAUCACGACCAACGUGCCCCUAAACCUCGAGGAGCUAGUCGGCGCCAGUGGCGGCCAGGUGUUUGACUUAGCGGGAUUGAAGGAGCAUGGUUCUACUGUCGUUGAUGGCGUCGUCUCGCAGGGACAGAAAGCCAGCUCCGCGUCCAGUUCUAGGGCGAGUAGCAAGAGCAAAUUAGCAGGCUUCGAAGAGGAUGAAGGUAUACAUAGUUUGAUCUCGUGCGUAGUUCUUUCUCUUUGUCAUGCAGAAGACCGCAUGUGUUGCAAAUGCUAUGAGCUUUGUUCACGAGAAAAUGAAAGUACUAUGUCCAGAAGAGAAAAUACCGAUACGACUCGAUUCCGGUUGAGCAUUAUUUUUGGGACAGGUUUAUUUGAAUGAUGUCGUAAAAACGUCUUCUACACUGGCUGCCCACGCGCCGCGCCGCCCCGCGCCCAUUGAGUUAAAUGCUUGUCCCGUGCCGCAAAUCAUUGCAGCCGCCUCAUGCGCUGCAGCAUGCUCCUUGCUCACCUGCUCUUACCGCGUUACAACUAUCUGCUCAGCCCGUGAUGAUUAAAAAUCCACCAAUAUCUUCAACGGGUUUGUUCUUGCAGGUAUGUCUAUAGAAAUUGCCAGCCAGAUGCACCAGAUACAGAAGAAAUUUCGUUUCGCGAGGACGGACUUAAGAUUGUCGAAUUAACACCUUUUUCAUCUUGUGCAGCAGAGCUGUCUCCUCGAACUGUAUUGUUCCACCGCAUCGUGUGCAAAUAUGCCUUGAAGCAGUGUGGUAUGUCAAAUCUCGAUUUACUAUAUUCAAAAACCAGGUGAAUUCGUUCUCCUCCUCCGCAAACUACUCCAUUCCUUCCUCGCCCGCGACGCGGUUUCCCUCGCUACCCUGGAUGUGGUCGAGUGUAAGAUGCAUGGGACCGAGGAGCUGAGAAAAGAACUCUUCACGGACAUGGAUGGCCGGACCUGCCGGAACGGGCAUUUGAUGACGCCGAUUCCCUGCAAGGAGCUCUGCUGGACCCGACCGGCGCCCUGCAUCGAGUGCAAGGAGCUGACAACCUACAAGGUGAUCACGUGCAGGAAAAGGUACUACAAGGUUUAGGUUCUAUGAUGUGGACAUAAGUGCGUAAUUAUAUCGUAUUCGAAUUCGCUUUGAAGAUGUGGUCGUGGUGUGGUACAUGACAUUCAAAUAUAUGAUCCGUUUGCGUGUUGUGCAUGACAAAGGCCAUAAACUUAUCUACCAGGUGCGAGAUGGCGGGUUAUUGUAUCGGGUGCGAAGCAGACGACGCGUUCAAAGCCGACCUGAAAUCUUACGUCGAGGAGAAAGAAGAGCAGGAAAGGUUGAAGAAGCGCAUUGACCGUGUGGAAGAGGCAGACCACAAGCAGAUGCGAAUACUGGGUAAGCCAUUAUGCAUUGCAUGCAAAAGUAUCGUAUUUACGUACGUAAAAACUGCAUCACAAAUUUUUCCAGAAGGAAGAAUGGAAUUUGUAAUGCUGAGUUAGGUAGGACCUGUAGAUCUGUCAUGCUGUACUACCAUUUAUUUCGUACGAGUGCGAUACUUUUUGCACAGGAUAACCUCUUUCCUACAACCACCCCAAUCUCUUCCGCGACACCCAGCUCUUCCUCCGGUUUCUCCUCGUGACCAAACUCCCCUACGCGGAUUGGCUGCAGGAUCCCUGGGCCUUCGAGGCGAAGGUGUUGCAAAAUCUCUCAGAGGUGAUGCAGUUGGGCGGGCCCGACGCGAGCAACAGCGGGAAGAUCCAUCCGCAGGUGAUCAUUCUCUCUUGCACCGGGCAGCCGGUGGUUGCGGAUAUUUUGCUACUGCACCCCAAAAUCGCUUCGCAACUGAUCCCGCGGACCCGGCACUUUAGAAGACACGAAGGGCACGAGUUGUACGCGGACCAGAUAGAAUCGGGAACAAAUUUCGGCGCGGGCGGGAUCGUGCGGUUGGAUGAGAAGUAUGAGACGUUGUUGAAAUACUUGAAAAACAUGGGCGCAGCGGGUGGGACGAGCGGUACGAGAAGUUGGGUGCGGUCACAAGUGGUAGGGAUGACGGUGACGCGGGGGAAAAUAGACGCGUGCUUCCCGAUCAGAAACGACAAAUUGAGUAAAUGAUUUUUAUUGUGUUGCGGUUGCGUCUUUGUGCAUGACAAAAGUAGUGUGACUGUGAUUCCAUCCUGUUUCACAUGACAAUACAACAACUUUAAUAAACACAUCAGCCUACAACUUCAAGACCCGUCUCCGCUACGUGCAGUGCCCGCUCUGCACGGAGGAAGGGUUUCAGGAUUGCCGGCUGGCCGAGCACAAGGAGACCUCGUGUUCCAUGCGGCAGGUAACUUGUAGUUUAGAUUGCGGCAUGGUGCUACUCGCGAGGGACCUUAACGAGCACAUUUGCAAGGCCUGCGUGAACCGGGAAGUGUUUUGUCCGUUGUGCAACGCCGUGGUGAUUUACCACGACUUAGACAGUCACAUGGCACAGUGCGAGUACCGACCCUGGACUUGCGGCAAGUGCGGGCUCAGCAUGAAAGUGAAAGACAUCGAGAACCACGAAAGGAUACUGUGCGUGAACCGGGAGGUGGUCUGCAAUUGGUGCGGGGAGUGGACGAUUUUUAGAAAGUUGAUCCCGGAGCACAAAAAACUGAAGUGUGUGAGGAGGUAUAGAGUUGGAAUUUUCAUCUGCAGCGUUCUUGGCAUUCUAAAUGCAAUUCUUUGUUCAAUAGCCGAAGGUGCAUCGACAGGGAAAAUCUCAUUUUCAUCAUUUCAACAUUUUCGGCAGGCACGACAAAGCGGAGCAGCUGCGAAACUGCAUUUUCAACGGCGACCACGGCGGCAUUGCCGACCUACUAGAAGACGGCGUCGCCCCGACGCUCGACGCGCACGACCCGAAGCUGCUAGAGCUAGGCUGCGUCAGUUGCGAGGGGAUCGCGUACGAAGAUAACUCGACGAAUUUGAACAGCAUGUCGGUGAUCACCACGGAAACCAACGUCCCGCUCGUUUCCCGCCCCGCGACCAGGGACACCAAAACCCGGGUGCAUUUGUCCUCGACAACAUCAGCCGCUAACAGAGAAGGCGUUUCCUCGAAUUCCCCCGAGCCGAAGCAAGCCGCGGCGGCCGAACAGGGCACGAAAGCCAGCCCGCCGUCCAGGUCACCGAGACCGGAGUCGCGGGAGAAUUUGAGUCCCAAAGUACACGGAAAGAGCCCGACGUCGCCCAAACUACCGGGCGGCAAGAUAGUAGGGGCGAUUCUGGAGGAGGGACAGGGAACAACUACAGCGACAGGAAAGAUAAAAACAAGUCCACCGGCGGGAAGAAAUAGAAAUCAAGCCGCGGUCGUUGGUGAGGAUUACCAACAGUGGUUCGACGACGGCCCAAAUAGCUUUAACGCUGGGAUAAAAACAGCAGAGCACCACGGUCAUGAUCCCCAGCAGCAAACGUCCACCGGCAUCGACCUUCCGAUGAACCAAAACGGGGGGCCACAGGGCUUGAUUGAUCGCGACCGGUACAACAAUAGUCUCUCCCAGUGGUCCCGGAUCCCCGAAUAUCAGAGGAAAAAAGUGUUACAGUUACGCAUUUGUUGGAAUUUCUGCGUGACAAAGUUGCUCGACAUGGCAAAGAAAACCUGUAAUCUCAGAUUCAUAGGGAAAACACGAACGCAAUGAGGCUGGUAAGCAUUUUCUGCAUGACAGAGGUUGUCUGUCUUGCUUGUCUUCCAUCAGAGUGUGUAACUGUAACAGCUUUUUUCUCACGAUACCGAACGUGCGGACAAGGACGAAAAAAUGCUGACGCAGGCGUUUGACGACGAGGGGCUGCCGUUACCCAUCCGACACUGGACCAGAGGGGGCGACUUUGAGUUCCACGUGAAAGGGGCAGGCGCGGCGGGGUUGCAGCCCAGUAUGAGUGAAGAAUUUCCAUCCGCGUUUUUCAACGAGGGCACCAAUUCGCCCAUAGUUAGUCCGACCGGCGCAGCGGGUCCUCCGGGUGGAGGUGGUCCUGGGAAUAACAGUAUGAACUGCAAAUAUGUCUGGGUCUGGAAGAGUGUAAGCUUGUCAUGCAGGUUUUUCAUGACCCAUGAGGUCUGGAAUGCGGAACCUAGCACGACAGACUCUGUGAGGUAUCUGUGAUGCCUAUCCAGCAUGAGAAACUCCCUCGCAACUUGGUUGAAAGUGGACAGCUUUCGGCACUCAUGCAACACAGAUUUUUGCAUGAUUCGGAUUUCGCAUGACAAGUUGCAAUCAUCCAGACCCAGACACUUUUGCAAUCCAUAAACAGAUUAGCGGUGGACAUGAGCGUUUUAAACGCCCAGCACGACAGCAUAUCCUGUGCAAAAGUAUCGUACUCGUACUAAUUGCACAUAUGCAUGACAAAUAUUUUUCCUAGGGCAAAACAGCAUUACAAAUUGCACUUUCCUUUUUGCCAAAAUUUGUCAUGCAAUUUAUACUAGUAAUGCGAUACUUUUGCAAUGCAUACAGCAGCAUCGCCAACCAGACCAACGAACCCUCUUUCACGCAACAGUCGUUAGCUUUGAUGCAGGACCCCACGGUCGCUUUGGACAUCAAGGAAAUCGACGCUUCCUCCCACAUCGAGACCGUCCCGGGCCCGAACCUGUAUUUGGGCUUAGGUCUCCACUGUGCGGUGCAAUCGGGCGACCUAGAAGCGGUGAAGAUCCUCUGCGGAUACCCGGAGAUCCCGAUCGGGGGCGCGGCGGCGAGCAGUUCGAAAUCGAUCGACUUGUUUCUAAGGGAUAACUUCGGCUGCACGUGCCUGCAUCUAGCGGCGAUGAAGGGGCGGUUAGAUAUGGUGGAUUUUUUGUUGCAGGUAGAAUACCAGCAGAAAGUAACGGAAGAAAGGGAAAAAGCGGCGCGCAUGGCGGGCAUGCUGACGCUUGGGGGGAAUAAAGGAGGGGAUUUGAGCGACGGGAUCAGAAGACGAACCUAUGUCAACACCGGGGUGAGUGUCCACGAAGACAAAACCUUCGCGAGCACCAUGACAAGAACCUCGAAGGGAGCAGGUGGUGCGCAGCAGGAUAGUACAGCCCCGCACGGCGGUUCCCCGCCGCCAGGGUCUGGUUCAUCACCGGGUAAUAUGAUGAACCACGGUAGCGGUUUGCAAACGGAGUUUAUGGACAUUUCAAAACUCUUGCUCCCCCGCGUUGUGGACCACGAGGGCCGCACACCUCUCUUCGUCUCCGCGUUUCACCGCAGAAGGGACGUGGCCGACCGGCUUUACGCGAUAACCUACGAACAGGAGUCUAACGCGCCGGCCAUCCCCGUCGCAAACGCGCAAGCCCUUUCGGCUGGCGUGUCCCAGCCGGGGCCCGCGCUGCAGAAGGCGCGCAGCGAUAGGAAGAAGAAGGUGCAUAUGCAUUGCAAAACGAGUUGUUUAUCGUACUUGUGCAAUUGCAGAAGGCGCGACAAAUCUUCUUCCUAAGCAUAAGCUAGAGCAGCAUGACUACUUUUUACAAAUUCAAUUGUGAUCGUGCUGACCUACUUACUUUGUUAUGCAAUUUGCACUACAAGAACUACUAGUACGAUACAACUUUUGCAAUGUAUAGUGCAGAUGGCGCAGCAACCGGAGGACAUCCAAGUCCCAGUUACCGUCGGAGCGGUGAUCCCUCCGGCACAUUUAUCGCAAGAAAAAACUGUUUCCCUGUAAACUUGCAAUGCAGAAAAUGUAUUUCAGAAGUGUUUGUCUUGCUACAGAUGCAAGAGAACAAAUUUUUAGCUGUGUUUUCCCCUAGAACUUCUACCCUCCCAUGGCAAAUAAAUUUUCUCUGUGAUCAUGUAUAAUCACACUUGUGAUCGCAAAACUCGCAAAAUCCCUUUAUACAUGUGAAACACUCUUUCGUACGAUAACAUUUGUUAGAGCAGCAACGAGAGGAGAUGGCGAGCCGGGAACUGCAGGAGGAAGACCACUAUGCAAUGCAAAAGUAUCGUACGAGUUGUAAAAAUCGCAUGACAAACUUUCUCGAGAAGCAACUUGGAAUUUGUCGUGCCGAUUGAGGUAUAAGAAAAAGAUCUGUUUAUGUAAGCCUGGCAUAUAAUAUACGAGUGCGAUACUCUUGCAGUGGAUAACUACUCGCAGUUCUUCGACCCACAAUCGGAGGUAUACGACAUGCGGAAGCGGGAGCUGCUAGAAUCGCGGCAGAGCGACCCGGGGUACUGGGAUGUGGUAACGGAGCAAGACGUUUUGAUCGAAUCCUCCACCAGGUGGCAAACCCAGUUUUACCUGCCCCGACACACGAGCGACACCCUCGGGUUGAACGAAUACCAAAACAUGAAGGGCACGGCGGUCCCACUACCCGUCCCCGCCGGGCAACUCACCGCGGAGCAGAGCGGUAGCGGUAGCGGGUCCGGUGUCGCGGUAGGAGGUGGUAAUGUCAUAAUUCCAGCAGGUGGCUCGGCGACCUCCCUUCCGCUCGGUGGAACAAGCUCCAUGAUGUCUUCUGGAACGGCUAACGUCCGGUAUGGCAGUGACGCCUUGCUCGGCGAACACAAGUCGAAACACGAACGAAGCCGGCGGGAAAUGAUCUUGCACGAAUCCUUGCGCGACACUUUGGGGAACACCAGGUACAACUCGUUUCUGGACCAGGAACUCUCCCGGUCGACAAUGAAGAACGACGACGAAUCUAUCGAGGACCCAUUUCCAAACACACACGAACUGCUCGCGGUGCACGUGAACUCGGGCCGGGUGCCACUGUCCGCUGCCAGCUACCAGCCGCGGCCACAGUCGAGACCACCGAGCUCGUUCUAGGAUCGUCUUGCAGAGCCGCGGUUUUGAUGAAACGUUUGUCGUUGUAACUCUAACUGUACAGUACACUAUGACUAUGUAUGAUUUUCUUCUUUAAAUUGUUAGGUACGAAAGAUUUUUUUGUAGCAACAGCUUGAUAAAUUGCUGCGAGGCUGUACAAUGUAAAUCGAUUUGCUUGGUACUUUCCACAUCAACAACAAGUUUCACGCGUCUACAUCGAAGUUGCAAAUUGUUACCCCGUUAUCUCGUUCAAUAUUCGCGGAAGAACCAUAUGACUUAUUUAGGAAUAGUACGAAAAUUUAUCGCACCAAUUCCCACCAAUGCCAGGACACGUGGUCUUCCUUGUGCUGAUGGCGUGGUAGUUGUCAGGCUGUCACCAGUCCAGCCGAAGCAAGUGUCCUCUCCGAAUGUCAUUCACUUUUUGCGUCAGCCUCAGCACCUUCCUGGCGCAAAGCAAGCAGAUGUACGAUGUCAAAUUGUCAUAGCUUUAGCUGCCGAAUCAGCAGCCGCGCCACCCGGAAAAGUUGUUACAACAUCAUUUGUUGCAGGUCAUCACAAUGAACACAUAAUUAGUAGCAAUGUUGGUUGUCAUCACGUGUGUCGUCUUCAUAGGUGCACCAUGGUCGGCCCGCUCUUGGACAAAGAUGUAAUUGUUCUCC